AUGUCGUCUGGUCGACCUGCGAAACGACGUCGUACAGCGGGAGGGGGUAUCGGCGCCCCAACUGAAGCAGACACGCCAUCCGCACAAGUGAAUGCGCCGUCCUCCGCCGCAUAUUCGACACGCCGCGUCGUCGUCAGCGUGCCUUCAUUGAGCUCGCUGUGUAUCGAGGCAUUCGCAGCCUCAUUCAACUCAUUCUCUUCAGAGCCAAAUGUCUGGCAACCUAAUCGUCGCUGGAAGACUGCGAGCGAGGAGCUGAAGCUGGCCCCGGAUACCACUAUUCCGCGUCUCCUCGCGGCGCUCACGGCCUCGCAUCCGAACUUGUUAUCAUCAGAUCUCUUGAGAGAUCACUUUCUUCGGGGAAGCACCUUAGUUUUGUCGAGCGACUUCGGCGGUGGGAUGAACAAAAACGUCGUCGCCGCGGUUCCUCUCAUGUCGACGUCGCUCGUUAGCCUUUCGCUGCUUGGUUUUGAUAAGAUAGAAGAUGUCGGGUUCGAGAAAGUGCUCUCGAAACUUCCCCUCUUACAGUCACUGAACCUACGACAGUGCACACGAGUUGGACCUCGGACGUUGAACGCCGUCACCAAGCACUGUGCUGCGUUAGAGUCGCUCAAUCUCAACUACACGGCGGUCAUGCCAGCCCAUCUUUCUCCCCUUCUGAAGGCCCGCAAGGAAACGCUGCGAGCCCUUAAGGUCGCUAUUCCGGCUUGGACAGACGCCCUCUUCACCAAACUGCAGAACGAUCUGGAUAUGGAUACGUUCAGAAUGACGGCCUUACACACGUUGAAGCUGCGUCAGACUGCGCUCUCAGACGUUUCCAUCAACGCUAUUCUCGCCUGUUGCCCCAGCAUCCGCCGACUUGAUCUAUCGUUCACUCGCGUGAAGACGCUGUCGCCUGCUUCUUUGGAGAUCCUCGGUAGUUUGGAGAAGCUCUCUCUCACUUCAACGGAAAUACCCAAAAACCAUCUCAUUAGGCUUCUGCAGCGAGCACAGGGAUUGCAAACUCUGAACAUCGGUGCACUGGGCGGAGACCGGGGACAAUCUGUCGGCUUGGGGAAUGCAUCGGCUCUUACCAUGACGGACGACGUUUUGGUCGCUGUGAACAAAGCCAUCGGGCCUGAUGUAACAACGCUAAACCUGGUCGGCAAUACGAAGAUCGGACAACGUCGACAGCCCAUUAUGACUUUACUGGAAUCUAUCCGGGGUCGCAUCAAGAUUCUGAAUCUUACAGGGUUGACCUCCUUGCGAUCGGACGACCUCGCUGCAUUUGAAGAAGGCGCGCCGGCGCUCGAGAUUCUGUCUCUCGGUAGAACCAACGUCGACGACGAAGCGGUGCCCUACAUUGCCGCUUGCCGAUCACUGCGCGUAUUGGAUGUUGCUGCUACGAGGAUGACAAGUGAAGGGUUGUACGCUGUCAUCGACGCUUGCCCGAGCCUAACGCAACUCGACCUGACCAAGUGCCGCGGUGUGCCGAUCGGAGCCCGACGAUCUAUCUUUCAGGAAUGGGAGAGAUCUCGCCAGAGAGAAUAUGAUAGCAACAGCGAGUGA